AUAUCGAAGAUAAUUUUUUUUUUUGACAGGGUCUUAAGUUAUAAUACUUUCGUUGUAAUCGGUUGUAAUCACUAUGUAGCAUAUUCUAUGGCUUACAGUUUGUUGUUUUCAUUGUUUACAUAAUAUCAUUGAGUAUGUCCUUUAGUGAGUUUUAUUUUUUACAUCCUGUGUAUUGUACCAUACAGUCAAGCCGUCGUGAUUCUUCGAGUAUAUUUAUCUAAAUUUGAAUAAAUUAUUUUUGUUAAGUAGUGUUGUAGCACUUGGCCAAGUGGUUGGAUGAAUAUUUUACAGCAGUAUGCAAUACAGCUAAGGUGAUGGCACUGAAGAUAUUUUUAGCAGCACUUGUGAAACGAUGGAAAGUAUUUACCUAUUUGUGACAGUGGUUUUGGGGGUCUGUCAUGGGGAGACACUGCUGCAGUCCAUAUCAGGAGACGUCGGCCAGCAAAAUUACACGUACUAUGUGCUGACGUACGAAGGCCCCAUAACAUUGCGCUUGUAUUCAAUAUCCGGCGAUGCAGAUCUGUAUGUCUCUCAAAUAACGAAGAAGCCCACUUUUGAGCCAGAGACGUACUGUCUGCAGUCUGCUACUUGUGGUCUGGAUGUGGUAACUAUUCCCAAGAGUUUCCAUCGUCCUGUUCGGAUCGGUGUGUACGGACACCCAUCCCACGAAGUGAGUUCUUACUUGCUGGAAGUAUUUUCCAUUGAUGAUAGUGAAGACUUUUAUGGAGAUUAUUUUCCCUACGAGGACGUGACGAAAGAAAGUGACAAUAAAGUACAGUCAGAACAAGCACAGUCAAAUCGACAGACUUAUGAUGUUCAGGAAAACAGGCGUAAAGAAGAGGAUGUAGAUAAGGGCAAAGAAGACUCAUCAUUGUUAUUGACAUUUUUAGUGUCGCUCAUAGAAAUUUUAUUGGGGGCUUUAUAAGGAGUUUGCCGCCGUGUUCACUCUGGAAUCUGUGUUUGCGUACCUGCCAUAAUUGUAGCGGAAAAUGUUGGAGUACGAGAAUCAGAUAUUUUUGGACAUUUUGCAUGAAGAUGGGUUGGUUGUAGCGGCCAAGGGUCUUGGCCUGGAGAGUGUCUUCUUGAGCCUCCUGAAGGUGUACUCGGACCCCGGCAACCUGGUCAUCGUCCUGGGCACCUCCAGCAAGGAAGAGGAGUUCUACCUGUCCCAGUUGGAGGCUGAGGGUGUCAAGCAUCUGCCCAGAGUCGUCACAAACGAAUACAGCUCGUCCGACCGGGAAAUAGUGUACUUGGAAGGGGGCGUGCUGUUCAUGUCAUCUCGUAUUCUGGUUGUCGACCUUCUGAAAGAGAAAGUGCCCAUCGCCAAUGUCACUGGCUUCAUGGUCUGGCGAGCCCAUAGCAUUCUGGAGUUGUGCCAAGAAGCAUUCGCAUUGCGACUGUACAGGCAGAAGAACAAAACUGGUUUCAUCAAAGCAUUUUCAAACUCGGCACAGUCGUUCACAGUGGGGUUUGCUCAAGUUGAAAGGGUAAUGAAAACUUUAUUCGUAAAGAAUCUUUACCUUUGGCCACGUUUCCACGCUACGGUGCACGCAAGCCUUGAGAAACUGAAGCCCCUUGUGGUUGAGCUUCACAUUGAAAUGACCCCUGCAAUGCUGCAGAUUCAGGCAGCACUCUUGGAUCUCAUGAACUUCACCGUGAAGGAAAUCAAGAGGUGCAAUCCAACUCUUGACACAGAUGAUCUAACUGUGGAAAAUGCCUUGUCGAAAUCUUUCCAUAAAGUUUUGCAAAUGCAGCUGGAUCCCAUGUGGCAUCAGCUGAGCACCAAAACAAAGCAGCUUGUUGCUGACUUGAGGACACUGGGUCACAUUCUGGUUUCGUUGACGAAGUACGACUGCGUGACGUUCAACUCGCAGCUGUCGGCGCUGCGUGCCAUGGACUACGUGCUGAAGAACUCGGGCUGGAUGCUGCUGGACGCGGCCGAGACGCUGUUCUCGGUCGCCAAGCAGCGAGUCCUGGGACGGCCGAGGGAGAAGGCAGAGGCCGACGCUCCGAAUGCUAAUCCAGAGGCCAGUCCAAAAUGGGCUGCGUUGACAGAAAUAUUGAAAGAAAUAAACACUGAUGUGAAAUCUAGAAUGCAGACUGGAAGUAUCUCUGGUUCCUCCUUGGACAAAGUUCUAAUACUGGUUGAAGACAACAGAAUUUGUGAGCAGCUGAAGCAAUAUUUUACUCUCGGAGGCGACGACAUGCUGGUGCAACUGUACAACAAGUUGUCUAGGCGCAGGAUACAUCAGGCUCAGUUCCGCAGGACCGCCACGCUGUCCCCGGAAAAGAGAGCCGAAACUCCCGGGGAGUGCGCAGAGAGUAGAGAGGUGGGUACGUCGGAAGUUGAAGGGAAGCAAGAGGAAGAGGAAGAUGAUGAGAGUGCCGAGUUCCAAGAGACCUACGUGUUAUCUCAGACCCAGGUCGACAAAGACAUAAAAAUGGAAGUUGUUAAAAGUGAACAGGUGGACUCAAGUGAUAAAGUUGAAGAAGAUCAACCUCCGAUGAUAGUGAUACAGACGUUCAAGAAAUACGGUGAUCCUGUAGCAUUGUCUAGGACGUUAAAAGAAAUUCAGCCCAGAUAUGUGGUCAUGUAUGAUGCAGACAUGGCGUCUAUUCGACGUGUAGAAGUUUACCAAAGCGAACAUCCGGAGUUCCAAAUACAGGUGUAUUUCUUAAUGUACGUCGGCUCUGUCGAGGAACAAGCGUACCUUACAACCUUGCGCAGAGAGAAGGAAGCAUUUUCCUUCCUCAUCAAGCAAAAAGCUUCAAUGGUGAUCGAGAAGGACCAGGACGGGCUGUCCGAGGACUGUGCGAACCUCAGCAGGGACUCGUCGAAACCGGGCGAAGGGCCCAACACUCGCAAGGGCGGAGCUGUGGAGCAGCAGGCUAGAUCGAAACCCUCGACCAUCAUCGUGGACAUGAGGGAGUUUGGGAGUGAGUUGCCCUCCUUGAUCCACAAAAGAGGCAUCGAGAUUGAUCCUCUGACGUUGCAGGUUGGAGACUACAUUCUGACUCCGGAGAUUUGUGUGGAAAGGAAAAGUGUGAGUGACUUGAUCGGCUCUCUGAACUCGGGCCGCCUGUACAACCAGGCUUUGGCUAUGACCCGACACUACGCGAAGCCUAUGCUGUUGAUAGAGUUUGACCAGAACCGGCCAUUUGCCUUGCAGGGGCGUUACUACGUUAGUAACGACAUAGCUUCCAACGAUAUCACAGCGAAACUGCAGUUGCUCACGUUACACUUCCCAAAACUGCGCAUCGUGUGGUCUCCCAGUCCGUAUGCAAGUGCACAGCUGUUUGAGGAGCUGAAGCAAGGCCGAGCGGAGCCAGACGGCGCGACUGCUGCUGCAGUGGGUGCCGACUUGGAAGCGGAUAACCUGGCAGUGUCUGACAAGUACAACACUGCCAUACACGACUUUGUGUCCAAGCUGCCGGGAAUCAACUCCAAGAACAUUCGUUCAGUAUUGAACAAAGGGCAAUCACUAGACCAUCUGCUUAGCCUUACUCAGGAACAGCUCGGAGCUCUCGUCAACAACAGUGCCGAAGCCACCAGCCUGUUCGACGCACUACACAAGACCCACCGUCCGUCAGCAGACGCCGCUGUCGCCACGAGAGGGGGUAGGGGGGGCAAGACCAGAGGGAGGUUCUUCAAGAGACGCAAAGUGUGAUGGCAUCCUACCAUUUUGUGAACACCCACGUUUUCCUCUCUGUCACCAUUCUGACUCUCAAGGAUAGCGUGACUCCAGUCCCUGUAACAGUUUUGCUGUUUGCCAGAUUUCCUGUCCAGUGUGAAACUGUGUUUCCGACCUGGUAAAUAAAUUUCCAUUAAUACACCAAGGUUUUUUUAAAAAAAAGUUAGGAAAACUAAUGUUGCAUCUUUAGUUAUUGAAUGUUAUAAUUAUAUCAAAUGUAGAAUACUUGAGUAUAUUUAUUGUUAUGUAUGUACUUAUAAUUUGUGCCAAAUCUAUAUAUGUAGAAAAAAUUCUUUUAAAAUUGAGUCUGUAUUUAUUGUGAAACUGCUAGAAACUUUAUACAAUAUUUUUAACGUGAUUCAAUUCAAAAACUUUUAUAUCAUGGUUAAAAGAUUUCAUUUUAUUUAAACAUUGUAUGGUUUUGGACACACAUAUUUAUUUCCUUUGGUAAUAUGUAUAUUUAUUGUACAUUUAUAAUUAGUAAAUAGUGUUUGAAACACUUUAUAUGGUUUUGGAUGGCUGCUUUUAAAAUAUAAAUAUAUUGGAGUAUUGAAGUACCUGACAAAGUGUUUUUGAGAUUUAAAUUAAAGGACUUUUUUGCAGGAGACCAA